AUUAUUAUUAUUACUAUUAUUAUUAUCCAACUAAAUCAUAAUGAAGAUAAUGUGUGAUUCUAAUGAACAAAUAUAACCAAUAAAAAUGAGUAUCUGACUUUCAAUUCAUAUUUAUGCUUACUAAUAUUGUUUUGAUUCAAUAAAAGUGUUAAAAUUCAACUUUCAAUGAAGGUAUAUAAAGAGUAAACUGUUUUUUUUUUACUAAUACUCUCUUAUUGAGAGUAGUUUAAUACUUACACUGCAUUCAAUCAUACAUAUGAAUUUGAACUUUUCCACUUUACUCUUAACAUUUGAUGAUUCCAUUUCAAUGAUGACAUCAAAUCAUGCUUGCAAAAUGUAUGUUCAAUCAUCAAUAUUCAGCUACUUAAACAAUAUGCUAGAAAGAAACUAUAAACAUUAAGUUGAAAUUCGUUCAAAAAAAAACAACAACAGCGGUUAACUUUUCAAAUAUUUAAACUUUUACAUUUCCAUUGCAUUGUGAUUAAAUUAUAGGAAAACUAAUUUGAAAUGUCGAAUACAUAUAUUACAUAUAAAGAUGUAAAUAUGACUGAAUUGAAAAAACGUAUUCACUUAGAUAUUAUUUUAGAUUCAUCUAUUCUACCGGUAUGUUUUAGUGGACAAUUAAUUCAUGGUUACGUUUAUCUAGAAACUAAAGAAGCUUUAAGUAUUCAAAUUUUGCAAGUGGAACUGCUUGGAAGAGGAGUUGUUGUCACACCAUACAAGAAGAUAUUCUAUCCUAAACAUUUUAUAAAAGGUUGGACAAAAGAAAGAAAAUCUUUACAACAAAAAUUUCCGUUUUAUCAAGGCGUAGGUUGUGUUAUAUCGGGUAUAAAUGGACCAGUAGAUCCUGAAAUAUUACAAACACGUUUAAAAUGUAAAUCUAUGAAAGGAUUUAAUAAACUUAUACCGACAUUUCAAACUGUUAACGAAGAAAUCUAUUGUUCCAUGAAUUCAACUUUAAUUGGAGGAGGUAUCCCUGGAACUUGUGAAUUUAUUUUAGCUGGUAAACGCUACUAUCCAUUUGAAUUUGAAUUACCUGCAGCUUGUCCAUGUUCAUUUGUUGGCUCAAGAGGUAGCAUUGAAUACAGGCUAAGAGUUUAUUUAUUAUUAUCAAAUGGAGAACAAUUAUGUGCAGAUAAAGGAUUAAAAGUUUUACGUAAAACAAUCAUUAACAAAAUGAUGGUGAUUCCGAGUACAUUAGCUUGUCCUCCAAUUACUAGAAAUUAUGUGAGCAGUUUUGAUCAAUUCAUAUCAUCUGGUAGCAACACAGUGAAAUUUACAAACUUAUCAAGAACAUGUUCACGAUUAUCAAAUUUAUGUAAAAAAGAAACGGAAAAUAUUCUAGAUGAAUAUGAUAACAGUGAGGAAAAGUUAAUUGAGAAAAAUUCAGUGUUAGAUUCCACUUUUACAAAUGAUUACAUACCAGAUCAUUUAUCAUCGUUAGGUCAGAGUGGUUACUCUAACACUGAUCUAGAUGAUACGACUAAAUUAACUAAAUAUUCAUUGAGUUCUUGUUUAAAUGAUUCGCAUCAAAGUAAUCCAUAUUUAAAUUCUAUGCAAUCAACAGAAGAUGAGAAUCUAUACCCAAAUGGUGAAAAUGAUCAAAAUAAUAAUAGCAUGCAAUCAUUAUGUAAACCCCAUUUUAAUCGUACCAUGAAAAUGAAAAGGACACUAUAUAAUUCAUUAAGUAAAACAACAUUAACUGUACAACGAUGCAGUGAUAAUCCAUAUCCAUUACCUUCUACAUGGAUUUCUCAAUCAUACGUUUCAUCUCAUGCAAUAUAUCCAACUACAUGUCUUGGAGCUCAAACAGGCUAUCCAAUUUCUUGCAGAUUAACUGUCAGUCAACGUCAACUUAAUCCAGGCAGUCGAUUGACAGCAUGUUUAAGUUUACUGGUAGAAGAUCCGUUUGCGCUUCUGCUAGCUCCAUCAUUAAAUGGUAUGUCGAAUGAUUUGAAUUGGUGCGCAAAAUUUAAUACAAAUAUUAAUUCAUGUAAAAAAGAUUUAUGGAGUCCGUUGGCAAGAGCAUUUGUUUCGUAUUAUUUAGAAGACUGUAUACGGCAAAAGUUUAGUAACGAGAGUCAACAACUUAAUGGUAUAUGGUGGUCAGGAUAUGUUAAACAACCACACAGAAUAUUUUUAGUACUACGUCAGGUAAUAACUUAUCGGGAUUGGACUCAUCGUGUUAUUGCUCAAGAAGAAAGAGAUGUUUACAGUGGCGAAAUGAGAAAGCGUCCUACGUCUGAAAAACAUUUAUUAAGAGUUGCGUUAGAGCAUACAUUUCACAUACCUUCGUUACCACCAACGGGUUUAGAAGGUUGUUCAUGUAUAGACGUUGCAUACAGCCUAGGACUUGUUAGUUUUAAACUGAAAAAAUUAAAACAUCCAUUGAAAGUCACUAAAUGGAUUUUAGAGAAUGAUGUUGCUUCUGUUAAACCAGAUAAAUUCAUGGAAUUUGUUUAUAUGCAUGAAACAUGUAGCAGUAGCAAUGGUACAUAUGAACUAAUGUCGAAGAAACCUCAAAUUAUUACAUUUCAACAAUGCAAACGAGGUAAAGAUAAGGAGUUCAAACGGUUUGCUCGUAUUCACCACGAUCUUUUGCUGCCCAUUCCGAUUAUUGUUGGAACAACUGACCGACAAAUAGAGUCUUACAAUCAAAUAGAAUCACAACAAACUGCAUGUCCGUUAAUGAGUUCAGUGUUUUUUAUGCAGUGGCCAAACAGUUUUCAAAUUGGAAGCUUACCACCUACAUAUCAGUGUUCAACAGAUUAUUCAGAAACUUAUCAAGAUGGUAGCAUUCAUACUGGUUAUGUAAGUCAUUUAUCAAAUACAAUCCAGGCACAAUCACGAAAUGAAACUAUAAAACUGCGAAAAAGCAAUACUAUAAGUUUCUCAGAUGAGAAACAAAUCAUCUAUGAUGAAGACGAUUGCGUUGAAAACUCUUCAAUCGUUAAUAAAGCGCACAAUUCUUGUACAAUUCAUAGAAUUAAAGAAACGUAUAACACAAAAGAUAGUAAUUCAAGAAUAAAUCUUUAUCCAAGGAUCAUUUAGAAUAGAAAAAGUUAAUUGGUUCUCAUAUCUACUUGAAAUCAUUCAAACAGAUACAAUCAGCACAAGCAUUCAGAAUUUUAAAAAAGUGCUUCGAAGAAUAAUUUAUUCCUUUAAUCUAUAUGUGCAAUAUAUGCUCUAAAUUAAUAUUUAAAUAACAUUAAUGGUUUUCAGCUAAACACAGCCUUAUGUCAUUAAAUUAUUACUUUACACAUGUUUACAUUCUCUCAAAAGGACUUCAUUUCAUUCUUUUUUUUGUUAAACAAUUAGUUACAAUGUGUUCCCAAAAUUUUUUCUGUUCGCUAUUCUUUAUGAAAUCUGACCUAUUUUGAUCUCAACGAUCAUUUUAGUAGAUGUCAACAACUAAGAAUGUGGAUCAGAUAUCUAAUGACCAAUGUUACUUACUUCAAAUAAACAAAUUCAAACAAGUUGUUUUCUGAUUUGUAAAUUUGGUUUAAAUAAGCUUUAUUAUGCUCUGUUCAAUUUGAUCGAAAUUCAAACUUAAUUUAAUUUCAGGCGGAUGAGUUUAAGUAUUUGUAUGUUAUAUCGAUCAAUUGAAUGAACAUUAACUUCAAAGGAUCUAAAUUAGUUUACAAGCAGCUAAUCUUCUUCCUUUAUUACUUUGAAUAAAUCCACCAAAUCUAAAUAUUCUAUUAUAGUUUAGUUUCAAAGGUUUUAAUUUUUUUAAAGUAUCAAACCAGCUGUUCAUUGAAUCAAUUUGACAAUAGGGGCUGUUUAAUUUUGUUGUCUAAAGUAAUAACAAAUAUUUAAAUAUGUAACAAUUACCAGUACCAAUUAUUGAAUUAACAACUAUUUAUCUCAAUAAUCUUGGGUCAUUCA